CUCUACUGAUGCUGCUCUGAAAAUCAACGUAGAAAUACUGAGGACAGCCGACCAGUCACUGAUGGGACCGUAUCCACACCCACUACCUCGUAUUCCUAAGUGUCUCCAUGGAGCUCAUCCAGGCCACCCAGCUUUCCUUGUUGCCUCAGGAUGCCCAUACAGCUGCCUGGAGCAACUACUCCAAUCCCCCAUCCUCCUAUUUCCUGCUCCUUUCCACUCCAUCUGAUCUGUUCCAGGACGUCAGUGACAGAGGCAGCUCCCUUUUCUUUAACAACACCUGCCAGAACUGCACCAAACGACAGCCAGAGUCCCUUCCUGGCUGGGCUGGGAUCUUCAUUCCUCUCAUCUAUGGGAUAGUUUGUGUAGUUGGCCUUGUUGGCAACACUCUGGUCAUCCAUGUGAUUGUAAAUUACACCAAGAACGAGUCAGUCACCAAUAUCUACAUCCUGAACUUAGCCAUUGCAGACGAGCUCUUCAUGCUGGGCCUGCCCUUCCUGGCGGUGCAGAACGCUCUCCUCUCUUGGCCCUUUGGCUCUCUAAUGUGCCGCGUGGUCAUGACAGUGGACGCAAUCAACCAGUUCACCAGUAUCUUCUGUCUGACUGUGAUGUCAGUUGACCGCUACCUGGCUGUCGUGCACCCAAUCCGCUCUUUCUGGUGGCGGCGGCCCCGAGUGGCCAAGGCCAUCAGUGCCACUGUGUGGGCUGGGUCCUUCGUGGUGGUGCUGCCGGUGGUGGUGUUUGCUGACGUGCUGAAGGAUGAUGGAAACUGUAGUAUUGUGUGGCCUGAGCCCGCAGAAGUAUGGAAGACGUCUUUUAUUGUGUACACAUGCACCAUGGGCUUCUUCUGCCCACUGCUGGUCAUCUGCUUGUGUUACCUGUUGAUCGUCAUUAAGGUACGAAGUGUUGGAAAACGAGCACAGGCCACGUCCUCCCGCCGCAGGAAGUCCGAGCGUAAAAUCACCAGGAUGGUCGUAGUCGUUGUGGCUGUUUUUGUCCUUUGCUGGCUACCAUUUUACGCUCUGAACAUAGUCAACCUCCUGGUGGUCCUGCCUGGGGACUUGAGGGGGGUCUACUUUUUUGUUGUUGUGCUCUCUUACGCCAACAGCUGCGCCAACCCGAUUCUGUAUGGAUUUCUGUCCGACAACUUCAAGCGAGGCUUCAAGAAAGCCCUGUGCGGCGCCUCACGUCAGAUAAAGAACAACGACAGGGCCGGCACUGAGGUGCAGAGACCAACAGAGGAGUGGGCCGGCAUCGCUCUCCAAGUACAGCAAAAUGAAGGAGUCAUAGGCGCACAUAGAAAAGAUGGUGAUGAAAAGAUAGACGAGGGAGACAUCAGUGGAACAGGAGGGGCCGUGCAGAUGAGCGAUGUUUGUAAAACGUCACAAAAUGGGAAAAGCAGUGUAGUGACUGAGGGGUCAAAGACACAGGCUGUGCAAAGGGGGAAGCCUGAGCCUGAAAACUCCAGUCAGUGUGCCAAACAUGGAGAAACAACCGGUGAAGGCCCAGACUUUGAACCUGCAGAGGCAGUGUCCUCUUUUGCAAGCAAGAGUGGAAACAGCAGGUCACAGAACGAAGGAUUCCUGGACAAAAACUCAGUUUUGGAAAUAAGUUAUCUGUAACAGAUGGUGACACAUUUUCAUUUUAUUUUGUUAGAUGUCAUUUGAAGUGUAUUGUGUGAAGAGAUUUUGCUAUAAAGCCCACCAUGGUGGGUUGAUUAUUAGAUUAUGAGUGGUUUAACAUUUUACAAUGAGUGCAUUUACAUCAGUGGUUCUCAACUGUUCCCACCACUACCUCCGUAAUGA